CUUAGCCAAGUGAUUGACAGGUCUUUAAACCAAUAGCGAUGGUGCCUUCUCCAGCUGGGGGCGGGAUUGGAGCAGAAAACCUGCCCAGUGAGUGGAGGCAGCAGCAAAGAGUCUAAUCAGGAUCACACAACAAUAAUGAAUGGAAACACGUCGUAGCCAAGAAAGUUGAGCAGCAAAGUAACUGUCGGUCGGGAUUUGAAAGUUAUCAGUCGCGAAGGAAAAUCUGUUUUUAAGUAAUGGAUUGGCCAGGCAAAUUAGAAAGUAUUUUCUGGAAGAGAAAGCAGCUGCACUUUGAUUGUGACUUUUGAAAAGUUUUUUUUAGGGGAAACUACAGUGGAGCGCACUGUAAAGCUGAACGCGUGAGUAAGUGAGUGUAAAUGGCAUUUUGGGACAGUGGUACGAGACUACUGCACUGUCAGCUGUUUAUCUCGGUUUGGAGAACUGGACUAUUUGGAUUAAUCCGUUUAAUUUAAGUGUUGGGAUAUUUUGUAGGUUUUUUGUGUGUGUGUUUUUUUUUUUUUUUGCUUGGAUUAUCAUCUCUGGAGGAGAAGCUGAAGGAUUGAGGAUACAACAACAAAUCUCGUGGCAAAAUGGGUAAUAUAGAAAGUGUGGACGGCCAGUCGGAGAUGAAGCAUCACAUCAUGCCUCUGAAGGUCCCCAUGCCUGACCCCACCGAGCUGGAGGAGAAAUUUGCCAUUGUUUUGAAUUCUAUGAACCUGCCUCCUGACAAAGCCCGGCUCCUCAGACAGUAUGACAAUGAGAAGAAGUGGGACCUGAUCUGUGACCAGGAGAGGUUUCAGGUGAAGAAUCCGCCUCACACCUACAUCCAGAAGCUACGAGGAUACUUAGACCCCGGAGUCACGCGAAAGAAGUUUCGCCGGCGGGUGCAGGAAUCUACAAAAGUCUUGAGGGAGCUGGAGAUCUCACUGAGGACAAACCACAUCGGGUGGGUCAGGGAGUUCCUCAACGAUGAGAACAGAGGUCUUGACGUCCUGGUGGAGUACCUCUCCUUUGCCCAGUGUGCUGUCAUGUUGGAUUUUGAGGGGCUGGAGAAUGGGGAGGAUGGCUUCUUGGACAAAUCUAAAUCUUGGAGCAGGUCCAUAGAGGAUCUGCACCACAGCAGCACUCAACCCUUCUGCAACACACUGGUGCGCUCUGCCCGCCAGUCUGUCCUCCGCUAUGGCACAGUUUCCAACAGCAAAACCAUCAAGAACUCCCGCCUCGUGAGCCAAAAAGAUGAUGUGCAUGUGUGCAUCAUGUGCCUGAGAGCAAUCAUGAAUUACCAGUAUGGCUUCAAUAUGGUCAUGUCUCACGCACACGCAGUCAAUGAAAUUGCUCUCAGCUUGAACAAUAAGAACUCACGGACAAAAGCUUUGGUCCUUGAGCUGCUGGCUGCCGUCUGUCUCGUCCGGGGAGGUCACGAGAUCAUCCUCUCAGCAUUUGACAACUUCAAAGAGGUGUGUAAGGAGAAGCAUCGCUUUGAGAGACUGAUGGAUUAUUUCCGCUGUGAGGAGGGGAACAUCGACUACAUGGUUGCUUGCAUGCAGUUCAUCAACAUUGUGGUCCACUCAGUGGAGGACAUGAACUUCAGAGUCCACCUGCAGUAUGAGUUCACCAAGCUGGGACUGGACGAUUACCUGGAGAAAUGUAAACACACGGAGAGUGACAAGCUGUCGGUGCAGAUCCAGGCCUACCUGGAUAACGUGUUUGACGUGGGUGGUCUGCUGGAAGAUGCGGAGACGAAGAAUGCAGCUCUGGAGAAGGUGGAUGAACUGGAGGAGCACCUGUCCCAUGUGACGGAGAAGCUGCUGGAGGUGGAGAAUGAAACAAUGAUGAAAGUAGCUGAUCUGGAGAAGGUGCUCAUUCAGAAAGAUAAGGAGCUGCAUGUAAUACGGGAGACAUACGAGUCGACCAACACCCAGGUCACCACCCUGAGGAGGGUGAUCAAGGAGAAGGAUGCAGCCUUCCAGAGGCACUUCAACAUUGAGAGACGUCUGUUGGAGCUCGAACAGCAGGGCACGAUCCGUCUGCACAAGAAGGCUGAUGGAGACAUCGCCAUCGAGACGCUGGGUGUCGGGAGCGAGGGCGGCGUUGGGGGCGGUGGCCUUGGGAUCCCACUGGGUGACAUCAGGCAGCUGUCUUUGGGUCCAACAGCUGGGUUAACCGAACCAGGAGGACCAGACACCAGCUUACCACCAGCCAGUGAAGCCCCUCCACCUCCUCCUCCACCUCCUCCACCUCCUCCUCCCCUCCCCCCUGCUUCAGGUGCACCGAUCCCACCACCACCUCCACCUGCUCCACCUCUGCCAGACGCUUCUCCGUCCGUUAUCCUGAGUUUGGGUCUCUCAGCUAUCAGAAUCAAGAAACCCAUCAAGACCAAGUUCCGCCUGCCCGUGUUUAACUGGACCGCCCUGAAGCCCAAUCAGAUCAACGGCACAGUCUUCAACGAGAUUGAUGAUGAACGUGUGCUAGAGGAGCUGGAUCUGGAGAGGUUUGAGGAGCUGUUUAAGACCAGAGCCCAGGGUCCGAUUGUGGAUCUUUCCUGCACAAAGAGCAAAGUAGCCCAGAAGGCUGUUAACAAAGUCACCCUCCUGGACGCCAAUCGCUCCAAGAACUUAGCCAUCACACUACGAAAGGCUAACAAGACCACAGAGGAGAUCUGCAAAGCAAUAGAGAAGUUUGACCUGAAGGCCUUACCUGUGGACUUUGUGGAGUGCCUGAUGCGUUUCCUGCCCACGGAGGGUGAGGUGAAGGUGCUGCGUCAGUACGAGCGGGAGCGCCGUCCGCUGGACCAGCUGGCAGAGGAGGAUCGCUUCAUGUUGCUAUUCAGCAAGAUCGAGAGGCUCACACAGAGAAUGAACAUCAUCACGUUUGUUGGGAAUUUUUCUGACAACAUCAACAUGCUGACACCACAGCUCAAUGCCGUCAUCGCUGCUUCUGGCUCCGUGAAAUCUGCACCAAAGUUGAAAAGAGUGCUCGAGAUCAUCUUAGCUUUAGGAAACUACAUGAACAGCAGCAAGAGGGGCUGCGUUUAUGGCUUCAAGUUACAAAGUCUUGAUCUGCUGCUGGACACCAAGUCCACAGACAGGAAGAUGACGCUGCUCCACUACAUAGCUCUCAUUUUGAAGGAGAAGUAUCCAGAACUGGCCAACUUCUACAACGAACUGCACUUUGUGGAUAAAGCUGCAGCAGUGUCUCUGGAGAACGUGCUGCUGGAUGUUCGAGAGCUGGGGAAAGGCAUGGACCUGAUCCGGAGGGAGUGCAGCCUCCAUGACCACUCGGUCCUGAAAGGCUUCGUCCAGGCCAGUGACCCGCAGCUGGACAAGCUGCAGAAGGACGCCAAGACAGCAGAGGAAGCCUUCAACAAUGUGGUGAACUACUUCGGAGAGAGUGCCAAGACGACUCCACCCUCUGUGUUCUUCCCUGUGUUUGUGCGGUUUAUCAAGGCCUACAAGGAUGCAAUGGAACAAAACGAACAGAGGAAAAAGCAGGAGGAAGCAAUGAGAGAGAAGUUACUGGCUCAGGAGGCUAAACAGCAUGACCCCAAGGUCCAGGCCCAGAAGAAGAGGCACCAGCAGCAGGAGCUGAUCGCAGAGCUACGCAAGCGGCAAGCCAAGGACCACCGGCCCGUGUACGAGGGCAAGGACGGCACUAUUGAAGACAUCAUCACAGUACUGAAGAGCGUGCCCUUCACAGCCCGCACUGCUAAACGCGGCUCACGGUUCUUCUGUGAAGCCAACCUCUGUGACGACGCCAACUGCUAGCCCUCCCCCCCUAAUGCCAAGGUUGUCCAGGUGUCUCUCGUACGCCUCCUGACCCCACUGUGCAUGCAGCAUGAUCCCUGUCACCCACCCAACCCCACCACUACAAAUACUGUCGACUAACUUGGGCCGUCAUUUGGUUGUUUGUGUUCUACUUCAGACGACUCCUAUCAGGCAUCUGGUGAUAGGAGUCAGCCAAACCUCUUUGCCUGGUGCAAAUCCUUCUGAGGAAAAAAAUUGUACAGCAUGUCGACAUAUUUUGGUGUGUGGAAAAUAUGUUGAUUCACUCACAGUACAAUCUGCGACAGCAUACUGUAGGUUAAAAAAAACGGAGCAUGGGUAGGGGGAUUUUCUGAGAAAAAAGUAGAAAAUUAAGAAAAACCCUUGAAUAUUCUCAGUGGUUACAGUGGCAAAUUUUUAACAUUUAUUUUUAGAGAAAAAAAAAUAUUUUAAGUUAGAAAUUUACAAGAAAAAUACUCAAAUAUUGUCAGAGGUUAGAGAAAAAACACAAAUUUGUGAGAGAAAAAGUUGAAUUUUCUGAGGAAAAAAAAGUGUUUUAAGUUGGAAAUUUACAAGAAAAAACUAAAAUAUUCUCAGAUUAAAAUGAUAAAUUUAAGAGAAAAAUAAUCACAAAUUUGUGAGAAAAAAAAUUGAAGAUAAAAUUUAAUUUUCAGAGAAAAAAAGUGGUAAACUUAAGAGAAAAAACUCAUUUAAAUUUGUGGGGGGGAAACUUGAAUAUUAUCUGAGAUAAAUAAUAAAUCUCUUAAAGAUAAAAUUUGAAAAAAUAUUUUGCCAGGGAAUCAGUAAUUUCACUUUGCAAGAUUGGAUCAGCCUCAUCACAACUCAGAUGCCACUGCUUGCCAUGUAUUGGAUGACCUUAUUCUACUGUACUUUGCAAUCGGAUUUAGCAAAAAAGAAAAUACUUGAAAUUUUACCCCACAAUCACCAUAUUAUCAUAAGUAUCCAGACUUUGAAGAGACAUUGCUUUAAAAUGGGCCUAUUCAGAAAAACCAUCACAGUUAUGUUUUCAAAGUUACAAAUAAACUUGAAUUUCAACAUAAUCUAAUGUUUAAUCUAAACAAUCACUCAUGUAAACUAAAAAUCUUUAAAUUGUCACACCAGACAAAACAUAGAAUCAAAAUUAUUAGGAAAAAUAAUAUAAAUUUUGUUGUGAGUACAAAAUAGUACAGCACAAUGAACAGAUGCAAGAAUUUAUGAGUAAAUGUACCACUUUAAUAUCAGAGAAUAUAAUUUUUCUCCUAAUAUUACAAAUUUAAUAUGAAAAUUCUGACUUUUUCCCAAGAAUAUCACCUCCCUUCAUUCUUAUUUUAACCUACAAUGACCCUAACACGCUGUCGUAACAAUCAGCCAUGAUUGUGAUUAAACUAUAAGUUGAGACCAUCAUGCAUGACACAAGUAAAAGGCUGUGCAUCAUUAAGGCAUAUUUCUUACGUCAAGCUGAAUCCAAUAAUCAUGACAUAAAGAGGUUUGGCUCUUUUACUGGUUUUUAUCAACGAUGCCUUGUUCCAUGAAACUAACCUGUUUGGUGUUUGGUUUCCGGCUAACAUGUGACUCUUCUUUCCUCAACCACCACUGUUCAUUCUGCCCCCUCCAGCUGAAAAGAAGAUUAAUGACAGUAUUUCUCACUCCUAAGAGAGGGUAAGGAAGGUAGCCUGGCUGAAACCCGGCCCGCUUGGCCUUCCAGCUCCUGUGUGCUGCUACAGUGAUGUCAGCUGCUUCAGCUAGCGCUUUGAACGCAAAAAAAUAAAAUGAAAGAAGAAGCUUCUCAGCGCUUUACAACACAACAGUUAGGAAACAAGAUUAUUGAAGAUUAUUUAAAAAUCAAGUUACAAAACACUACUUAUAUAAAACAAAAUGGGAAAGGGAACAAAUAAUUUCUUUCCUGUGGAAAUCUGCACAAAAUACUGUGAAUUCCUGGAAGGUAUCGAGGGUGUCUUAGCAGAUUUUUUAUUACAUCAGGUCAAAAGCUGCACCACUCAGGGCUGCAGCUCCCAGGAAGCCAAUCAUCACCAUUCCUUGUCUUGUUUUUUUUGGUUAAAAAAAUCCACACAGUAAAAAAAUCUACUUCAUUCAACAUCCAUAAAUAUGAAAACAGAAUAUGUAAUUGGCAUACAUUCAAUACAAUUGGCAUGACAUUUUUGUAAUGAAAAAAAAGUCACACUUUUGUUCUUUAAUUGUCAUUUUCAUUUAUUUAUUUAUUUAAAUUUGAUUAUGCCCUUGUAACUAGAAAGAUUCUUAUUUUUCAAGUAUUUUAUUUCAGAAAAUCUUUUUUUUCAACAUCAAAAACAAACAGUAUGAAGAAAAAAAUAAAUUUAAAACAUGAAAAUAUAUUUAAAAAAUAAAAUACAUUUAAAAAAAUGAAAACAUAAAGUUAAAACAUAAAAAAUUUAAGAAAUAAAAUACAGUAAAAAAAAUGAAUAAAAUCCUGCGAAUUCAUGGAAAAGGUGCAUGUACAUUUCAUUCCACACAGCAUUUAUAAUGUAAACAAGUGAGGUAAAAAAAAAUCACACAAAUAUGAGGAAAUAUGGCAGAAAUGUAAAGUGUAUAAUUUCCCAAAAGCCCCUCUUAUGUUUAAGUUUUUUUCCCCUUCACCCUAUGUUCUAAUUUUUGUUCAAAUUAUAUUAUUAAAAGCUGAAUAAAAAUUAAGACAUAAGAAAAUAAGCUAGUUACAGAACAACCAACCAACAGCCAUGAAAAAUAUUAUAUUCACUUUUUGAAUUGUCCACCAAGACUUUUUUGCCUUUCAGAGAAGAAGCUUUUUGUGGUAUUUGAUCAUUGUUUAGUCUAAAUACAGAACUUUACCCCUAAAAUCAUCAUCAUCAUCAUCCUCACCCUCUAUUAUGUGUUGCAUGUUGUCCAGUGUUCAUUGACCUCUCACCUGUCAACAACGUCCGCCAUGUUUUGUCUUUGCUAACUGCCCUCCGCGGUGUGCUGAACAGCUGUAUGGUCAACAGGCUCUAAAAACAAACACACAGUCAGUCAGAUACAUGAACACAGACAUGAUCUUCAAAUGGGUUUUUGAUAUUUUAGGACGCAGCCAGCUUGAUUGUUGCUCAGCAGUUAAAAGAGCUUGUUGACCAUUGUACUGUAACUGUGAUAAUAAUGGCUACUUUUAUUUUUACUGCUGCAUUAUUAGUAUUACAAAGUCGCCAUAACUGCAUUCACAAAGCCUUGAAUUUCACUGUUUUGAGUUUCACUACUAUCAGUCGAAAUGCAAGGUUAUGGGAAUGUGUCAUUCAAUGUUAAGUCUGUACUGUUUAUGCCCUUAUUUGGUCAUUGUAUAUCUCUAAUACAGAAUAAAUUAACUGUAACUGCAGAAAUUGUCGCCUGAAAUAUACACUUAGUCACCAGUUUAUUAGGUACACUUCAUCUAAUGCAACAGCCCCUAUCUUCAUAAAGUUUAUCAUUAUUGAACGCCAUUUCAGGUAAUAUUAAAUAAAUAAAUAAGUAAAUAAAGAGGGCUAUGAAAUAAAUCCUGAAAUAAUUGAAGCAAUAAAAAUACAAAUAAAUGCAAGUACACAAAUAGAAUAAAUAAUAAUCAAAAAUAAUUAGUCACUAUGUUUUUGUUUUUAUUUUGAAUUUUACUACUUAAAUUAUUCCAUGGGACAUACUUUUAUUUUGUAAUAUAUUUAUUUCAAAGGACUUUUAUUUGUGAAAUUAAGCAUCAGAGUUCCCUUAGAUAAAAAAAGUCAUUUUUUUUAAAUAACAUCUUUUUAAAAUUUGAUAUUGACUCAUUUAUAUAUAAAUAUUAACAUUUAUUUUAGGAUUUAUUUAAUAGGCACACUUAUUUUCUUAAUAUUCCCAGAAACUGCAUUACACAGAGGGGUAUUUUUGUUAAGGGGUGGACAAAAUAAUUUAAAAAAAAUCAAUGUAUUUACAAUUUAAAAUGUAUUUAAUAAUUACACAUAUACUUAUUUCACUGGACUUGAUGGAACUAUAUAUAUAUAUAUAUAUAUAUUCAGGAUUUAUUUAUUCAAUAUUCCCAGGAAUGGCAUUCCAUAUUAAUAAUUCUGAAGGAUGUUUCUGUUUUGGUGUGGCCAAAUUAAGAGAAACACAUCCUGUAAUCACCUGAUAAGCUGUAACCUGAGUGUAUAUCCUCUACAUUUACGGCUUAAACACAAUCUUGGCACCGAAAAAAAUAAAAAAAAGUAACAGUAGGUAGUAAAACGUUUACAGAUAGACCUCUGGGUCCUCUAACAUGUGUGCCCCCCUCCCCACUGUCUCUCACCCCUCUCUCCAUGCCCACUCACAGAUCUCCGAAGCCAGCCUUUCCUGCGAGCUGACGCGUUGAUCCGGAGCGGUUGGAAGAGACCCUAAACCACUUAUUCUUCACUUAUACUCCCCUCCCCACUAUAACCUCCCUCCCUGUGUCCCGAUGGUCUAUCUCAACCCUGAGGCUGCAGAUCACAAAGACUGAAAAGGAGGGACCGGACAGAGCCCUUGUUGUAGCUGGGUAAUUUAUUUAUUUAUGGAGGCCCUUUACAGCCACUUUAAGUGAGCAGGCAUCAUUACAGAAGCACAAUGGGGCACUCCUGUCUCGCUGCAAACUUUCACAGAGAAGCAGGCCAGUCGGAGGGCGACCACUAAACAGGUGAGGUGAGUUGAAGACUGGCGGACCACAAAGAGGGAAGAACUUCUUGCUUUCGCUAACCUGCCAACAUGUGGAUCUUAUUCCCCAAGACUGUUAAUUUCCUCAGAUGAUGCAGUCAUAGCAGGACUUAGACUGGGAUUCAGCCAAGGGAAGAUGCCAACUCUGCUGCUGGGACAUUUGCAAAACCUUCCUCCACAUCAAUAGAGAAACUUCGAUAUCAUAAUGAGACAUUUGGGGGACUGUUUCCUAACAGUGGAAAGACCAUAAGUUCGACUGGUUCUUUUGGACAAGCUAGCCAAACCAAAAUUUCUCCAAAGUCUCAUGUUUUGCUUACGAAGUGCCUUUUUAUUUGUGUAAACAGUGUUAUUUCUCAUGAGUCAGCCAUAAUUCGUUUUUCUUUCAUUGGUUAAAGAUUGUAUAUUUUAUUGCCUUGUUCUAUAACAUUAGUCUUAUAAUACUGACGACAAUAUGCAGAGGUUGAAAUUCCCAGCUUUAAAGUCUUACAACAACUAGAAGGUGAAGGGGAAUAAUGGUUUUAAGAUUACUCUUUUCUAGUACAUCAAUGUCUUAAAGCUCAUAAUAAUUGAGAUUUCUUUGUGCCUUGUCCAAGUAUUUCUUAAAAACUGAAUGUUUUAUGCCUUGACGACACUUUCUUUUGGAAAGUGACAAAUGUAUGAAGAAGAUUCCACAUGAACUGCUGAUUAAUCUGCUAUAGAUGUGGUGAUGGAUGAAGGUCUAAAUGUUUUAAGGUUGUUUUUUUUAAAUCUCUUCUGUUUUUAUAGAGAUGAUGCGUUUCCUCCUAACAGCUGUUGAAGCUCACAUGACAUUGGCACAAAGGGAGCAAAGCAUCUUUACACUACUUAAUUUGGGUCAACAUUGUCUAAGACACUAUUCUUUAAGUGGACAUUUAUAUUCAUGUACAUUCAAAUCAAAGAAAUUUACUUUUUAGAAGAAAUUAUCCAUGAUAUUGUCUAUUGAUUGAAAGAUGACACUUCCCGUUUAAUAAAAAAAGAUGAAUUAUGUAA